AUGGAGAAAGAUGACGUAAAUUUGAUGGGCGAUGGAAAAAAUUCAUGUGAACUUUGUAAUUCAAAGGUUGGAAAAUAUAAUAUUUGAGGAAAUUGAUAGAUAAUUACAGAAUGUUCAACAAUGCUCAAAACUUUAUGGUAAACUUGCAAUUUAUGGACUUUGGUGGAUUGGAAUUGGAUUUUUGAUUCAUAAAAUAAGCAAAUAUCCAUUUUGUGAGAAUUGUUUUCAGAAUGAUUUCGAGAAAAACGCGAAAGGGAUACGAAUCAUGGAGGUAAAUCUUAUAGAUUUCUUGAGAGAUCUGAGAAAACCGAUUCUCAAACUUUUAAUUUGAAUUCCUUGUGGUUAUUCACUAGUUCCAUAGAAAACAUGAACUAUGACGUGGAUAUUCUGAAUUAUUUUGUUAUUAUUCUCUAAUUCCAAUUUAUUUAAUUCCACGUGGAAUUUCAUCUGCUAUUGUCCCUCUUCUAAAAUUCUAUAUUUUUCUGUUAUUAGAAAAUCAACCUGAUAUUUUCCGCUCUCCUCAUUCCUUAUUCCUUUCAGUUAUGCGUCGAUGAUCGUUCAAAAUGUGAUCCUCCAGAAUUGUCAAAAUCAAAAGUUGAGAAGAAAAUCGAUGCGAAUUUGUUGAAUAAUAUCAUCAAAUCAUAA